AUGUUUAUACUCCAACCUUACUGUGCAAGGUACCGUAUCAAGGUUAGAGUCGUUGAUGAUACUGAUUCUGCUACCUUUGUCAUAUUUGAUCAUGACGGAAUUUCGCUAACAAACAAAUCAUGUCUAAAUUUGCUUCAUGAAAUGGAUCAAGAUCCACAAUCUGACACCGUGCCAAAAGAAAUUGGAGAUUUGGUUGAAAAACAAUUCCUAUUUAAGAUAGAGGCAAAAAAUGAUGUGAACUCAAAUUUUGAAAAAUCAUUUCGAGUCAAAAAACUUUGUGGUGACUUGGAUAUUAUAAAAAAAUUCAAAUAUGUUGCUGUUGAAAAGGUUGAUGCUGGUCUUGAUAACGACAUAGAAGGUGGUGUAACGAAUGAUUUGAAUAAUAAGUUUGAAGAAGAAGCUACUGAUGACAAAUAUCAAGUCCCAAACUCUGUCCAUGUACCCAUACCAGUUGAAUAUGAUUCUGAUGAUUGUACCCCUCUUAAAAGGGGAUUCAUAGAAGUCGCUGAUGAUAAUGAUGGAGUCAAUUCAAAGAAUGUGAAAAAUGUCAAAAUUGAGAAGGAGUGAUAAUCAAGUUUCUUAUAAACAUAAUACUUUAGUUAUUUUGUUUUGAAUUAACUUAUGGUAGCAUUUGUUUUGGCUAAAAUUUGUUAGUUUUGCAAUGUUAUAUUCACACAUUAAGUUUCUAUCAAUUUUCAUUUAUUGUUAUACAUUUCUUGCAAUGUUAUAUUCACGUAUC